AAUAAUCAAGGUUGUUUACUCUGUGGGUUGUUUGGACUUUCACAUGCCUUCGACAGUUUCUGUUACAUCGUUUUCUUCUUGGGCGUCUAAUGCCACAAAAUGCACAAAUCCGGCAUUCCGUAAUGCCCUUAAUCGUGCGUGGUCUAACGUUUCGAUGCAAAAAGAUGUAUUAUCUGUUCUUGCAGCUGUAACUAAAACGAUCAAAGAUAAUGGUGGGAAGGAGUCUCCGGCGGAAUAUUAUGCUGUCCUGCUGACUUUGAUUAGUGAAUCACCAGAAAAGGUGGCCCCAGCAUACUUACUUAAGUUACUAAUGUGCAAAGCUGUUCAGGACUCAUUGUUACGCAAAACAUGUGGGGAAGCUGCCAAAACGUUAAUGAGUCUUUUAAAUCCUCGAAGUGAAUCGAGUAACCCUACACUAAUAAAAUCGGUUUUAACUUGCCUUGGUAGACUCUUGCGUGCUCAGUCGUAUGACUCAUGGUCAGCUGAUUCCGUUCGUCACAUAUACCGUCAUGUGCUGCGUUUUGUUGACAAUGAAAAGCCCAGUAUUCGUAAGGCGAGUCAUUUAGCGAUUGUGGACAUCUUGAGUUCUUUCAACGUGGUCAGCUUAACAGAAGAAGUUAACUUCCAUCCUGCAUGUCAUCAAACGCAAGAACAUCUUAGUGCAGUUAUACGUGAAGAAACAAGGCAACUAAUAACUUCAUUGCAUACAAAAGACGUUCAGUGCACUCGUCUUUUGCAUUGUCUGGAUUUAUUAACAUCUGUAAUUCCUCUUCUACCUUCUAAAGAUGUUAAGUUGGCCUGUGAAUGUAUUCUCGAGUUAUCCAACUUUCCUAAUCCACUGGUUGUGACCAAAAUGUUCCACAGUUUUAAAACAAUGUUUGACUCAAAACCAUCAUUGAAAACCUUACCAAUUGAUAUAGCUGCACGUCUGAUAACUGCACUAUAUUCCUGCCGGCCAAAUGAUCCAAAUGUAUUUACAUUAUCUGAUACUAAUAAUAAUACUUCAUGCACUGGAGUUGAUGCAAUAAUCUCAUGGAUUCAAGCUCUUAUAUCAGGUUGUACAUAUUUAUCUGGUUUGUCUAUAAUGGCUACAGAGAGUGAUGAUGCUGAGUUGAAACAAAAGAUUGGUAAUAUUGGAAGAUUUACUAUACAACAGUUGGCUAGUGAACACUUAGAUCGUCUAAUUAAAACAUUAAUGUCAUUGUUAACUUCUACACCAAUUCCUCAAUUGCGGGAAGCGACUACUCAAAAACUAAAUCAACUUUUCAUGGAUGUUGCUGAUCCUCAGAUAACAUCCUGUCAACUAACUGAAAUACUACCAGGCUUUAUUUCUCAUGUGUUAUCCGGCUUCAUAAACAGUCUUCAGUAUACACAUUAUGAGAUAUGGCAUCAUUUGUUAUCUCUUAUUGAACGAUUUAUAAUGAUUUUCUCCAAAGUUUAUGUUUCCGCCUCGAUGACAGAUUCAACUGCACUCAUGGAAUUAUUGAAAGUUAUCCUACAUUUACGUGAUUGUUUAGCCGAUGGUCCCAAAGGCUUAAUCAGUCUUAUUCAUGUUGAUCCAAGCAGUUUUUCUCUAAUGGGUUUAGAUGAUCUUGGUGAGAAAAUUAUCGACGGAUUGGAUAGUGUCUGUUUAAUAACUAUUGAGUACUUGGGGCCAGAAUUACUUUCAUCUGAAAGUGUAUUCUCUUUGGAAACACUUGUCAAGGAAUUAGAAGCCGGUAGUAUUGAUCUUCGAAGAUCAUGGUUCCUACCACUACUUUCACGAGCAGUUCCACAAAAACCAUGUGCUUUAUCUAUCUUCAGUAAGCAAAUUCUUCCACUAGCUGAUAGAGGGCUUUCUGUAGCUAGUUCAACAGCUGCCAUGAGUGAUAAAACUAAACCUGCAAAUAAUGCAUUGAUCACUUUAGGGAUUAAAGUGGCUUGUCAACUCUGGUCUGCAUUGAAUAUGUUUGUACAUCGUAGUCCAACCGAUUGGUCUGAGCUGUCAACUGGUGGAUUAGGCUCUCGUCUUGUCAAAGAAUUUAAUUCAGCUCCUGCUUUAAGACCAAUCAUUCUGCAUGCAUUUCGGAGAUUAGCUAAACUGGCAGCUGGUGAUGACUCCGCAACUACUAUUAUGCGUGGUGGAGCAAAGAUGGCACUACCAGCUAUGCUAUCACUCUAUGAGACUUUAGAUACAACUACACAAUAUUCAAUGAAACAGAAAAUUCAAGCAACAUUAUCAUAUUACCUACCGAUUAUGUCGUCUAAGAUCAUCUGCUCAGUGACAAAAACUGCUAUGAACAAGUUCGACAAUACAAAUCAACCUAUCUAUCUGGAAAUAUUCCAUAUUAUAGCGCCUUAUAAUUCUGUCAGUGAUUUGGAAGUGAUCGUUGCAAGAAUUAAUGAUUAUCUGACUGCUGGUUUUAUUUUUUUCUAUCACAGAAUUACGCAACAAUGUUUACUGUUGGAACAAUUGUCAAAACCGUUGAAAAAACGUGCAUGUCGUGUUUUAGAAAGUAUAUGUUCUGGAGUGACUAGUCAAACUGAUGAAUUCUUAACUUCAAAUUUGGAUAAUAUUAUCUUGCUAGUUUGUGGUUUAACAAAGAGACUAGUAAAUAAAUCGUCGGAGAAGUCAACAGCGACAGUAACAACAACCGCUCCUACUUCUGUGGCAGAAACACUGACGACAACAAUAAAUAAUGAUGAUAAUACUGAAUCGAUAGAGAAAAAAAUGACUAAAUUAUCCGUAUGUGGAAUAAAACUGGAUCAAUCAUCAAAUAAAACCGCUAAAUAUUUUAUCCCAUGGAAACCUCUUCUACAAUGUAUUCAUCAUUUAUUUAAACGUUUAGUUACUUGUGAGUUAAAUACAGCUAAUAGGAUGAAUUCCGAUGAGACUAUGGAUAAGGGGGAUUUAAUGGAGAAUGAACGUUUAAAAAAGUUUGCUAAUAUGUUCUUCCCUGAGAUCCUAACAUGUAUGCUCGAUUUGAAUCGUACAAUACGAGAUUUAGCUGGCCGUCUAUUAAUUGGUCUUGUGAAUGCUUUUGCUGGCCAGCAACCAUUUGAUAAAAAUAUUAAUUCGCUAUCAUUGUUAUAUGGAUCACGGAAUAAUUUAAACUUUGAUGCGAAUAGUUCUCGUCCACCGACAAUUAUGAAAGGCAUAAUGAAGGAUUCAGAUAGUGAGGAUGAUGAUAAUGAUAAUGGGAAUGAAAGUGGUCGACAAGAUGGCAAAUCUGCGAUGUCAUUAGGAGGGUUAACAUGUUCCGAUGACGAUGAUGACGACGAUAUUGUUUCAACUAAGUCUAUGCAACGUGGCAGUGUAAUAUCUGAACGGAUAUGUCGUGCUUUAAAUCUAGUCCUAUCACGUUUAUGGCCAUGUCUUCCACCGCAUAAUCGUUCUGCUGAAAAUUCAAUCGAUUUAGCCUUACAACAAUCAUCAGCUCGUGCUAUCUGUCUACUUAUGAAGCAUACACGUUUUAGACAAGCACUCGUGCUAAAUAUCGAUUCAGAAUCAGAAGAAAUUUGUCAAUUAGUUUCUAUUAUACUAUCUGAAAUGAAUUUAAUUAGUCAAAAUUUAGUGAAAUCUCCUCAACGUGUAUUAAUUCGUUUAGGCUUACAAUUAUCACGUUCACUUAUUGCCUUUAUUCAAGAAGGUUGUAUCAGUUUAGCUUCUGUGCUUGAAACUCUACAGUCCAUCCAUCCCACGUGUAAACGACCUUUGCGUUUUGUGGUGAAAUCAAUUCUAGAGAAGAUGAUAAAGAAGUUUGGACGUCAAGCUAUUCAAGGUCUGCUGAAUUCAGAACACCAGAAAAUAGUUCGUAAUUCUGCUAAACUUAUUGCUCGUCGUGAACGUAAAUCAAAAGCGCUAGAGAAGUCGACAUCAAAAUCAACAGCAUUAUCGUCAGUAUCAUCAUCGAUUAUUGGUUCUGUACAUCAACAACUAUCAGACAGUGAUUCUGAUCAUAAUUCAAGAAAAUCUUUAAUCAAUGAUACUAAAAGUAUUGUAUCAUCAAUUCGUAGUAAAUCAUCACGUUUACCAAAACGAGUGCAUAUAACCCGGAUGGAUGAACUAUUAGCCUCUUCCAGUGAUGACGAUGAUAAUGAAAAAAAUAACUUCCCUGGAAAUAAAUCACAAUCUGAUCGUUCUUCACUACACUCACAAGCAAAAUCAAUACGAAGUAAAACCAAAUCCCAUGAUGGCUUAUCAUCAUCUAAGAAUCAUCCAAUGUCACUUGUAGAAGAAUUAGAAAAUGUCAAACAAACUGCAGGACUGUGUAGACGAUCACGUAAAAACAUAAUUCAAAGCGGAUCUCUUGAAGACUUUGACAUGGAUAUUGAUAUUGAUAGUAGUGAAGAUGAUGAGGCAAUCGAUAAAGCCUUGUGUAAACAUCCACUUCGAGCGAAACAUCAAGUCCGUUUUGCUGAUACAAUUAGUCGUGCCUCUACAACUCGUAGUCAUUUAUCAAGGCGUUCACAGAAAGCCCAACAAUUAGCAUCAUCAACACUGCAUCAUCAAGCGGUUACGGAUUCUGAUUUAUGGCUUGUAGAGAAUCCGAAUGAUUCAGAAAUUUUAGAUUUAUCUGAUCCCAAGUCACUGGCACGACAUACAGCUUUUGCACCAGAUGAUAUUACAGCGAAAGCAAUGGUCAAUGCUUUCAGAAAUUCAUUAGUUCAACAGUCUUCUUCAGAAGUAGUUGGACGUGCUCAACCAUUCCCUAUUGUUAAUGGUAAAAUUGUAAUCGGAAAUCCAGUUGAUGAAAACCAAUUGGUUAAUAAGAAAGAUAAUUCGGAAUGGGCGCUAUCUGAUGAUGAUAAUAAUGAUGACAGCAGUCUACCGGCUACAUCUCAUUAUCAACAAGGCAAAUUAAUGAAAAAUAAAAAACAAAAGACUUUACAAAUCCCUGGUCGUGUUUAUGCCUCAACAAAAGCUAAAGGUGAUAUGAAACGACGUGGUAUGCCUGAACCUUAUGCAUUUGUUCCACUCGGUGCUGGUAUAGGCAAAUCAGCUGAUACACUGAGUCAAAAGAUAACACCACUUGAACGUAGACGUCUACUCAGAGAAGUUGGUCUUGGUAGACAGAAACGGAAACGAAUUCAGGGGGCAGUAAAGGCAUGAAAUCAUCAAUGAUGAAGACAAGUGGGUUAAAAACUGGCAAAAAAUCAGUUUUCAAAGAUUAAAAACUUUUAAUGGAUUUAUAGUUUGUUUUUUUUUAACAAAAAAGAAUGAAAAGAAAUUUGACUGACAUAAGCUUUGUGAUCACUUUGUGUUGUACCUGAUCAUAAUGUAUUGUUGCUCUCAUU